GAAAAAAAAAUUUAUGUAUGAAUUUAUGUAGUUUUCUACUUCACCUCACGAGUUAUUGACUGGCCGUUCGCAUACAAUAGCACAAUCAAUUCGUUGAUAUUAUUGGGGUCUAGCCAGGUCGCAGGAGCUAUCCUGUUAAAGAAAGGGUUACCGACGGUUGAUUGGGUGGAGAGAAACAUUAGGUUUAGAAUGUCUUCGUAGGUUAGGAAAUACAGGGGGUGAAUGGAAAUUUUGGAGUUCUCCAGAGUACUGAUUGUUGGCUCCGAGACAUUGUGAAAUUUUUCUGAGCUUUUCAACUUGGUGCUGUUCAUUUCAAUUGUUUGGGGACCUGAGGGAGCUCAGCAAAACUACGUAGGUGUGACAUGCUGAUUGUGACGAUGGGCACAUUAACAUUAAAACAAACGCUCACAGGUCACCGAGGCAGAGUUUGGAAUGUUUCUUGGCACCCCACGAACUCGGCUCUGGCCUCAUGCGGUGAAGACCAGAAAAUUCGCAUUUAUUCCCUCGAGGGAGGAAAAUAUGUUAUGAAAUUAAUACUCGCCGAGGGUCACACGCGAACUAUUCGCGAGAUUUCUUGGUCUCCCUGCGGUAAAUACAUCGCCUCGGCAUCAUUCGAUGCAACCACUGCAAUUUGGGAAAAAAAAGGAAGUGAAUUUGAAUGUACAGCGACUCUGGAAGGCCAUGAAAAUGAAAUUAAGAGCGUUGAUUGGUCUAAGAGUGGUAGCCUAAUUGCAACGUGCAGUCGAGAUAAAUCGGUUUGGAUCUGGGAGUCUAAUGAUGAUGAGUACGAUUGUGCUGCUGUCAUCAGUGCCCAUGCACAGGAUGUCAAAAAGGUCAGAUGGCAUCCGCACGAAGACAUUCUCGCCUCAGCCUCGUACGAUGACACGGUAAAGAUCUUUAAAGAAGAUACAGCCGAUUCUGAUUGGAGUUGCGUUGCGACCCUCUCCUCGCACACCUCCACAGUCUGGAGUCUGUCGUUUGAUCCGACAGGCUCAAGACUCGUCACCUGCAGUGACGAUAAGACCAUAAAAAUUUGGCAGGAGUAUAAACCGGGAAAUAACUCGGGGAUUCCCACACCGAAUAAUGUUUCCGUUUGGAAAAAUGUGUGCACCCUUUCCGGGUAUCACUCAAGGACCAUUUAUGACGUCGAUUGGUGCAAAAAGACGGGUCUCAUCGCCACUGCCUGCGGGGACAAUACUAUCAGAAUUUUCAGGGAGGAGAACGACUCUGAUCCGAAUCAACCGAAUUUUUCGAUGGUUUCUGUCGCCGAAAAUGCACAUUCCUCCGAUGUUAACGCAGUUAGAUGGUCACCUAAAAAUCCUGGGGAACUUGCCAGCGCUGGGGAUGAUUCCAAAGUUCAAAUUUGGUUCUACAGCGAUUAACUUUCAAUUCAAUGGAAUAAUUUUUGUACAGAACUGAGACAAAUACUAAUAAAUAUUUUUAAAGAA